AUGGGAAUCCUGCGGUAUUACGAAAGAGGCUACGCCCAGAUGUUGUGUGUGAGUGAGUGUUACAGUGAGAUUGAACUUGACAUCUGCCAGUGUAAGGGCAUCAGCCAGUUGUUCUUCACCAAAACUGAUUUGACCUGUGGUACCAACACAAUUACCAUGUGCCCAAUCUACAAAGAGGAAAUACUCAGAACUUGUCUCGCCAAGUGUAGACCUCAGUGCAGUUUUACCAAGUACAACUUCGACAUGACAUCCACACGGUUUCCAGUUCCAGGUUAUCACCAGUACCAAAAAGCAAUUGAGCAAAAUAACCCAAACGUCACAUACGACUACAUGCGCGAGAACUACGCUGAAGUAACUAUCAGUUUUGAUACGCUAAUUGUUUUUCAUACAAAUAUGCGAGCCAAAUAUGAAAUUUUCUCGGCUAGCAGUGCAAUGGGAGGAAUUUUCGGGAUGUUACUUGGCGGAAGCAUGCUGGCUUUGUACGAGUUAGCCGAGAUUUCGAUUUUGGUUCUCAAAAGUAUCUUCAAUGGAGCCAUUGAUAGAAUCCAAAAGAAUUUCAAGAUAUCACCCAAAAUAUCUCCUAAUUAA